AUGUGGCCCAUAAAUCAGCUAAAAUUGGAUGGUGAUUUAGAGGGACGUAUUUUAUCGCAUGAAAAUUCCCAUGUGGCCAUUUAUUUUGAUAUGAAUUGUUUGAAAUCGGGGGAUAUAUUACGAAAGGCGAGCGAGGAAAAGUUAUUCAAGCAAUAUUUCCAUUGGCUAAUAUAUGAUCCUUCAGCAGAUUUAAAAAAAUUCAAGGUUCUUUUCAAACAUUUUAAUUUGUCGGUAGAUGCCGAUGUUACUUUGGUCCAGCCUAAUGCGAGGUUUUUAAAUUCUGCUAUAAAUUCUUCUUAUAUUUUAUAUGAUGUUUAUAAUAAUGGUUAUUCUUUGGGAGGAAAAUUAAAUGUGACCGUAGAUCGGGAGUUAAUAUGUUCUCGGGAGAAAUGUGUUCUGAAACAAUAUUUAUCUACUUUAUAUGAAAGAUCAAAGUGUGAAAAUCGUUGGUAUUUGAGAGAUAUAACCAUGAGGUUAUCUACAGUGGUCACCGGCGUUCCCUUAAAGGCUCCGCAAAAUGAACUCUUGGACCAUUUAAGUUCUACUAAAGAGAAACAUAUUGACGCAGUAGCCAAGUAUGGUUUUCAGUACAUGAUGAUUUUAAAAGAGAAUCUGGAAUGCGACUUUCAUUACAAUUUCACCAGUAUAUGGAGUCGUACCGAAAUCAGUGGUGGUUGUAUUGGUGCUAUCGGUAUAGAUAACUCGGCCGAUCUCGCUUCGUCGCCUUUUAUUCCCACUAACAAACGUUUGCAGUAUACGCAAUCCUUAACUGAAUUAGGUUCUUUUCGACAUGUUUGCAUUUUUCGUACGCCCCACAAUGCUGGUAUACAGGGUGCUGUAAUUCUCGAACCAUUUUCAGUAAACGUAUGGAUCUUAUUCGGAGCCAUGUUAAUGUUAAUAGCUAUUCUAUUAAAGUUGACAUUUUUAUUGGAAUUUCAUCGCAUGAAAACUGUGCUGGGUUUUGUUCCCUCAUUUCUCACCACUUGUUUGAUUUCAUUAGGUUCGGCCUGUUAUCAGGGUAGUUUCCUAAUACCCAGUUCCAUAGGUGGACGCAUAGUAUUCAUAACUAUGACUUUUAACAUUAUCAUAUACAAUUAUUAUACCUCGAUAGUUGUUGCUAAAUUGUUAGCUUCACCGCUUAAAUCGAAUAUUAAGACGUUGGCCCAGUUGGCCGAUAGUAACUUGGAAGUCGGCCUAGAACCUGCACCCUACACAAAGUCGUAUUUGAAUUAUUCAACAUUAUCCGAUGUCCAACGUUUUGCACACAAUAAAAUCGAUUCCAAGCAUGAUCCUGAUAGUGUUUGGAUGAAUGUUGACGAUGGCCUUCGGCGGGUGCGUGAAGAACACGGCUUUGUUUAUGUCAUAGAUGCUAUUACCGGUUAUGAUUUAAUAGAAAAAUCCUAUACAGCAGAAGAGAUUUGUGAUCUCAAUGAAAUACCUUUCAGACCCGAACAGCCUUUGUACCAGCAUUUGCCGAAGAACUCUUCGUACGGGGAAAUUAUUAAAUUGAAACAAUUGCGCAUUAUGGAAUCCGGAGUCUAUAGACGCCAUUCCCACCUGUGGUUGAAGAAAUUGAAUUGUUAUUUAUCGAAUAGUUUUUCGGUGCAAGUUGGUUUGGAAUACACCGCUCCCUUAUUUAUGAUGAUGGUAGCGGCUUAUAUUUUGGCGUUUGUCCUAAUGUUCCUGGAAAUUAUGUGGUUCAACUAUCAGAAAAAAUCUAUGAACCGUGAUAGUUCAGAUAUGAAAAAAAUUCUAGAGGAAGAGGGAGCGUUCGAAGUUGUGAGAGAUUUCAAAGAAAAUUUUACAUUUUUAAAGGCACCAAGUUUUUGUAGCACUUUCGUAUGUUUAAGAUUUUAA